GGGACCGCGGAAGUAGGGUGGAACGCACAGAGCGGAAGUGGCGUGUCCCGUGCUCCGGAGGUGUACAGCCAGAGAGGAAGUAUUUUUCUGGCAGCUGCAGUAGUGAAGAAGACAUCCGGUGAGUGUGAGACACCCAGCAGCCGUCCCUAUGUGUCAGGAGCACUGAGCAGGAUCCAGAACUCCAUCACUGUGCCUCCACCUCACUCACUGAUACAUGACAGGCACAAUGACCAGAAGAUCCUGGACCUCACCAACAAGAUCAUCCAGCUGCUGACUGGAUAGGAGGGGGAGUAUAUAUAGAAGAACACAGGGAUUUGUACAAGGACAUGAUGAUGGAGAAUCACCGGCCCCUCACAUCACUGGAUCGGCCCAGUAUCAGAGAUUCCCCAGAGAGAUGUCCCCGUCCUCUGUAUUCCCAGGACUGUACAGAGGAGAAUCACAGGAUCCCACAGGAGGAUCAGGUGAAAGAUCUGACUGAUAUUAAGGUAGAAGUUCUAGAGGGAGAAGAAGAGACGUAUGUGACUGAUAUGAAGGCAGAAUAUAUAGAGGAAGAAGAAGAGACGUAUGUGACUGAUAUGAAGGCAGAAGAUAUAGAGGGAGAAGAAGAGACGUAUGUGACUGAUAUAAAGGCAGAAGAUACAGAGGGAGAAGAAGAGACGUAUGUGACGGAUAUCAAGACAGAAGAUAUAGAGGGAGAAGAAGAGACGUAUGUGACUGAUAUAAAGGCAGAAGAUAUAGAGGGAGAAGAAGAGACGUAUGUGAGGGUUGAUCAGCAGUGUAAGGAGGAGGAAAUCCCUACAGAUAUCAGCACAGAUGGAUGUAGAAGUUGGAAUGUCUCAGAGGAACAUCUCGUUUUAUCUCAAAAUUAUGAAAUAGAUGAUGAUGAAAUCACCAGAGAUUCUCCAGGAGUAACUCCAGUUAUACACCUAAUACCUCACCGUGCAGAUAUAUCAUCUGAUCAUGGGGAAUGUGUUGAUAAUGUUGAUAUUGGUGCAUCUGUUAAAUCUUGUACAGUAGAUAAAACAUUUCCCUGUUCUAUGGAUGCCAAAAAUGUUAUACAGAACAGAAAGCAGAUUACCAGUCAGUCAUGUGAGAGGCCAUUUCGAUGUUUUGAAUGUGGAAAAUAUUUUAGAUACAAAUCAGAUUUAAUUAUGCAUGAGAGAAGUCACACUGGUGAAAAACCAUUUCCAUGUUUUCUGUGUGGGAGAUGUUUUACACACAAAUCAACUCUUGUUACACAUCAGAGAAGUCACACAGGUGAGAAACCAUUUCCAUGCUCUGAGUGUGGGAAAUGUUUUACCAAGAAAUCGUCUCUUGUUAUACAUCAGAAACGUCACAUGGGGGAGAAACCAUUUUCAUGCUCUGAGUGUGGGAAAUGUUUUUUACAAAAAUCAGAUCUUAUUAGACAUGAGUCGAGUCACACAGGUGAGAGGCCAUUUUCAUGUUCCGAGUGUGGGAAAUGUUUUACAAACAAAUCAUAUCUGAUUAUACAUCAGAGAAGUCACACAGGUGAGAAGUUAUUUCCAUGUUCUGAGUGUGGGAAAUGUUUUACACUGAAAUCAAUUCUUGUUGAACAUAAGAGAACUCACACAGGUGAGAAGCCGUUUCUAUGUACUGAGUGUGGGAAAUGUUUUACACAGAAAUCAAUUCUUGUUACACAUCAGAGAACACACACAGGUGAGAAGCCAUAUCCAUGUGCUGAGUGUGGAAAAUAUUUUAGAUCUAAAUCAACUCUUAGUAUACAUGAGAGAAGUCACAGAGGUGAAAAACGAUUUACAUGUUCUGACUGUGGGAAAUGUUUUACACAGAAAUCACAUCUUGUUACACAUCAGAGACAUCACACUCGUGAGAACCCAUUUCCAUGCUCUGAGUGUGGGAAAUAUUUUCGAUAUAAAUCAAAUUUAAUUAAACAUGAGAGAAGUCACACAGCUGAGAAACUAUUUCCAUGCUCUGAGUGUGAGAAAUCUUUUACACAGAAAUCAGAACUUGAUAUACAUCAGAGAACACACACAGGUGAGAAAUCAUUUAUUUGCCCUGAGUGUGGGAAAUGCUUUACAAGGAAAUCAAAUCUUGUUACACAUCAGAGAACGCACACAGGUGAGAAGCCAUUUCCAUGUCCUGAGUGUGGGAAAUGUUUUACAAGGAAAUCAUCUCUUGUUACACAUCAGAGAAGUCACAUAGGUGAGAAGCCAUUUCCAUGUCCUGAGUAAGUGUACUUAAGGUGUAUUUUGUGUUUGGAAGUAAGAAUAUUUUAUCCAAAGAAUAAACCUCCGUAAGCAUAGUA